CGGAGUUCACACACAACAACAUUUCAUCAUCGGAAGGAGAGGAGCUUUAACUUUGAUUUUGUUGCGUUGAGUUUGGUGGUCUGUUAGACCGGAGUGCUCUGAGGAGAAGCUGCUGAGCAGGUUCGCUGUUGUCCAGACAUGUCGGUCCAUGCUGAGGAGGAUGACGUCUCCACACCAAGCCUCACACAGGCCACUGCUUCACCAGGACCGGCGGACUCGGCAUGUGGCUCCACUGACGAGCCAUUGGCAUCAGCCACGACCACACAGCCAUGCACGCCCGCUACACCAUCAGGUCCAAGGCGGAAAAGGAAGCGGGGCCAAGUUCCCAAGCCCUUGAAUGCAGCCGUGUUCCAGUAUCUUCAGGACAUGAAGCGUUUACGGGAGGAUUGGGUGAAGAGCCUUGCAUGGGAGGAGAACGUGAAGAGGCGUGCACGGGAGGAGGAGGUGAAGAUGCGUGCAUGGGAGGAGGAGAAGCGUGCAUGGGAGGAGGAGUGGCGUGCAUGGGAGGAGGAGAGGCGUGCAUGGAAGGAGGAGUUGCGUACAUGGGAGGAGGAGAGGCGUACAUAUACGGAUGCGGUGAAUAGGCGUGCACGAGAGUUGGUGAAGAGCAUGAAGGAGGAUGCGAGGCGUGCACGGGAGGAGGAGUGGCGCACAUUGUUGGAGGAGAAGGAGAGGCGUAAAUGGGAGGAGGAGAGGCGUGCAUGGGAGGCGUACAUGGCAGGAAGAGAGGCGUGCCCGGGAGGAGGAGGAGAGGCGUGCAUGGGAGGAGGAGGCAAGGAGGCGUGCACGGGAGGCGGUGAAGAGGCGUGCACGGGAGGCGGUGAAUAGGCGUGCACGGGAGGAGAA